CCCCCUCUUCUCUCUCUCUCCCUCUCCAGUAUCUCCUUUCCCCUCCUUUCCCUCAACCACCUUCUUGUCCUUCUACUACGACAUACCUUAGUAGGUAGUUAAUAUCCCUGCCCCUCUGGUCCGACUUUUUUCCUCUUUGACGACCGCCUUCUCUUCCCCUAACAUUUUCUGCCUUGUGGAAACUUACCUCCUUUCCUCCUCUUCCGUUCUUCUCCCCGACAGUCUCCGUCGUUUGUUUAUCCCACCACCACCCACCAACCACCCUUAACCACCGUCACCAUGGGUCAGCACUCCGCUAUCUGGCAAGGCUAUGUCGAUUCCAGCUUGAUGGGAUCUGGUCAAUUCGACAAGGCUGCCAUUCUUGCCUAUGACUUCUCCGACGUCGAGGCUUCUUCCCCGGGCAUCACGAUCGCUCCUCAGGAGCUGAGCGGCCUGGCUGCCAUCUUCAAGGACCCCAGCAGCGCCUUCGCCAACGGUAUCAUCGUCGGCGGCGAGAAGUUCGUUACCAUCAAGGCCGACGACCGCAGUGUGUACGGCAAGAAGGGUAAGGAGGGUAUCGUCAUCGUCAAGGCCAACUCCUGCGUCUUUGUCGCCCACCACGGCGAGACCGUUCAGACCACCAACGCCGCCACCGUCGUCGAGAACCUCGCUGACUACAUCAACAACCCCCGGUAGAUGGCCGGUUCCACACCUGAUCAAAAAGUCCGUUGUUAGGGAGGGGGCUUGACGAAUCAAAGUGAGAGCAGCGGUGAUACUCUCAUGUAGGAACACGGGUGGUCUCCUGCUUGAUUUGUCUGUUCAUAUUCUUGUGUCUCUUUUUUUCUCCUGUUGUUAUAUGAUAUCAGCCACAACGCGUAGAUAUGUGCAAUAUGUGCCAACCUUUGAUUCUUCUGGGAUUUCGGCUUUCAAGUUUAUUUUGUGGAUCAGUCCAGCAGGGUGGGUGAUGCGCCCGGGCGGAAGUCUCGUGACAGUGCUGAGCCAUCAUUACUCGGUAUAUCUAAUCAUGGUGGCACUACAUGAAAUAAUGAUUAUCUAUAUAUCCAAUUCUAUCUGCAAGGAAUUUCGG